GUCAGAAAAGCAACGCCAAGACAUGUGAACCAAUGCGUGAAAUUUAGAGCACACAAAGAAGAACAAUUCCAAUCAUUAAUUAAUUUAUCUCUCCUGAUGAUACACUGUUUUUUUUUUGUGAGCAUAUAUAUGCAGAGUUCGAUGCGUAUUAACGUACACGCACGUACUUACACAGAGCAAUCUCGCCGUGCCGGAAUAUGCAGAGGCAGCUGAGCAUCUCGGCGAUGCCGAGGCUGUACCCGGAGCCGGAGGAGGAGGACGGCGACGAUCUGGAGGCGAAGCCGGAGAAGGCGCCGGCCGCCCGGCCGUCGGCGAAGGAGCGCUCCGUUCACCUCGUACCGCUGCUCGUCGUCCUCUGCUUCGUCCUCCUCUUCCUCUUCUCCCAUGACCCCUCUGCUUCCGAUAUGUCCAGUUUUGGAGACAAGGCUGGGAAUCGGAAGCACAGGCUGUUUUAGUGUGAAUUGUCAUUUUGUCUGCAAGAACUCCGGGUGAUAUAUGCCAUAAACGAUAAAUUGAUCCUUUUGUAAGUGUGUAUUUUGAUCUCAAAUCUGAAGUAUAAACACAAUGUUGUAUACUUGUAUGGACCUUUCUGCAGCCAUAAAUAACUUGCAAAGUACUAUAUUGCUAAUGGAACCGUUUGACCUUUAUUAUCCAAUGAUAUUUUUG